AUGGACGAGGAGAUCGAUGUUUCGGACGUGGACAUCGUCUUCGCGUACGCAACGAAGUACUCGACGGAGAGGGGGAUCUACCUCACGGAACUUUCCAGGAAACUUCUGGACCUCAAGUCCGGCGCGAGAGUAGUCACCAUCGACAAGCGCCUCCAGGGCCCCUUCAACCUCAUCUCCACCGUCUUGGACCCGAACGGCGACCUGCAGACCUCGACGGGCUUCCUGUGGCAGCGGCAAUAG